AUGAAGUGUUUGUUUAUUCAAAUUGUUCUACUAAUUCUGUCAUUACACCUUUCCCAUUGCAAAAAACAGAGUAGCAACACAAAUAAAAGUGUACUAAAUAUAUAUGACAUGUUCAGGCAAAAUAUGAAAGAAAAAAAAUAUGGGAAAAUGUAUUUUUUAGCAAACAAUUACGACAAAAAAUAUAAAUCAAGAAAAAAGAAAGAAGAGUAUAAAACUGUAUUUUUUAAAUAUAAUACAAAUAAUAGUAAUAGUAAUACCAAUGAUGGUAAUAGUAAAAAUAAUAAUAUGUUAACGAAUUGGGAUAGUUCUUUUACCUUGUAUGUUCGGGGAUGUACUAACUUAAAACCAAAGACAAAUAAAUCCAUUGCGAAAAGGUUUAAAUUAACAAAAAAUGGAAAGUUAAUAAGAAAAAAAGCAGGCGCUAGUCAUAUGCUCAGAAAAAAAACAUCAUCCAACAGAGCUUCUUUAAGAAAAAGGACCACUAUUGCGUCAGGAAGAAUAGCGAAGAAAUAUAAAAGUGUUAUAUUUAAGUAG